GCCCAGCAUGUCCAGCAGCUGCAUGAGGAGAACCGGCAGUUCCUGCGCAUCCCACGGAGGCCCCGUUGGGAUAGGACCACCAGUGCGGAGGACUUGAAGCAAGCUGAGAGGGAGAGCUUUCUCGAAUGGAGGCGACAGCUUGCCCACCUUGAGGAAGAAAAAAAGUUAAUUCUAACCCCAUUUGAACGAAACUUGGAAUUUUGGCGUCAGCUUUGGAGAGUCAUUGAAAGAAGUGAUAUUGUAGUCCAGAUAGUAGAUGCUAGAAAUCCCCUUCUGUUUAGAUGCCAAGAUCUGGAAAGUUACGUUAAGGAAAUCGGCAAUGACAAGGAGAACAUGAUCCUGAUAAACAAAGCAGAUUUGCUGAGUGAGGAGCAGCGGACUGCUUGGGCACAGUUCUUUGAGAAAGAGGGUGUUAAGGUGGUGUUCUGGUCAGCUUUGGCAGAGUGCAAACGGCUAUCUGGAGAAGCAAAGGAGUUUGACACUGGAGAUGUAGCAGAGGACCCGAGUGAUUCUGAGGAUGAAAGCUUCAGUCGAGAAGAUGACGACACAGCACAAGAUAGCGCAGAAAGCACGUCCACAGGCAACGCUCUGCAAACUGUAAACCAAGUUCUGGUUAGUGAUGAUGACAGUAGUGAUGAAUAUGAAGACUGUGAAGAUGAUGAAGAGGAGGCCUGGCAAACCUGUUCUGAAGAUGACGGCGGGGACAAACUAAAUGCUAUUGCUCCAGAGAGGAUGGGAAGCAGGACUGAUGGUGCUGCAGUGCAGCAUGUGGUGCAGGAGGAGAACAGGAACAUCAGGAACUUCAGCCAUCUGGUACAGAGAAAUGAGCUGCUGGAGAUAUUCAAAACCAUGCACAAUGGACCAAGGGUGAAGGAUGGGGAAGUAAAUGUUGGGCUGGUGGGUUACCCUAAUGUUGGCAAAAGUUCGACCAUCAACACAAUCCUUGGAAAUAAGAAGGUGUCAGUGUCUGCUACACCAGGCCAUACAAAACACUUCCAGACCCUGUAUGUGGAGCCUGGCCUGUGCCUUUGUGAUUGCCCUGGUCUGGUGAUGCCAUCUUUCAUCUCUACCAAGGCAGAAAUGAUUUGUUCUGGAAUUCUGCCUAUAGACCAGAUGAGGGACCAUGUCCCACCUAUUUCUCUAGUUUGCCAGCAUAUCCCACGGAACAUUUUGGAAGCAACCUAUGGAAUAAAUAUCAUAAGGCCAAGGGAAGAUGAGGAUCCAGAUCGAAAGCCAACAGCUGAAGAGCUGCUAACAGCAUAUGGAUAUAUGAGAGGCUUUAUGACAGCUCAUGGACAACCAGACCAGCCGAGAUCAGCUCGAUAUGUGUUAAAAGACUAUGUUAGUGGGAAGCUGCUAUAUUGCCAUCCACCUCCUGGCAUUGACCCAAAUGAUUUUCAGCACCAGCACCAGAGAUGCCCAGAGAGCAGAACUGUGCAGGCCAGUGGACAGAUGAAGCCUGAGAAGAAUACCAAAGCAAAACAAAUUGAAAAUGUGGUGGACAAAACGUUUUUCCACCAGGAAAACGUUCGUGCCCUGAUGAAAGGGGUCCGGGCUGCAAUGGGAUACCGGCCUGGCAGUGGCCUUGUGCCUGUGACUACACCCAAUCCUGGGAAUGUGGUAGGAAAGCCCUGGAAAAAACAUGGAAACAGGAACAAGAAGGAGAAAAUUCGCAGGAUCACUAAGCACCUGGAGGCUUAGUGUGGCACCAGUAUCUGGCCUUUCCAGGGCAGGGACUGCACUGUCCUACAGGCCUGAACCGAGGGGAAAAAAAGGAUAAGUGGGCGUUGCUAGCUCACUUGGGAGCUCCAUGCUAUGGAUUGGCCUGGGCACGGGAUAAAAGUGGACUCUCAUAGCUGGAGCUC